AACACGAUGUGGCCUCUAUGACCUGGACGUUUUCCACUUUCCACGUAGCUAUGUAUGUUCUAUGUCCUGCUCUUCUAUUCCAAAACCUGAGAACCUCUUUUAUAUAACCAUCACCACCACUUUACAGUAAAAAAAAAAAAAAAUGAAGCUCCUACUCAACCACCGUUACCACCACUACCUCCUCUCACUGAUGCUGGUGGUGGUUCAUAGCCAAAGCACCGGAGAUACCCUCCCUCGGACAUGGAGGGCAACUUUCUACUACGACGUCGGCGCCUGUAAUGGCUCAAACGUGGUGACUAGCUACUUCACCUACGAGGGGACCAACGCCAAACUAAGCCCCUGCCAAGACCUCGGCCAGCCCCCCAGCAGCAGCACCCUGACCUGCGCAUCCUGGCAGUCCGGCGGCAAGUCCGGGCCGUUCACCUGCACAGACAAGGGGUUCGAGGUCGCGAAGGGGGUGCGCGUGCGCACGGGCGAGUGCUACCUGUACGCCGUGCCGGGGUGCGAGGGGAACACGCUGAUUGUGGGAGGGGGAGGGGGGGAGAGCGGGUUGUGUGUGGAGGGGACGAGCAGCCUGGGGGUCGGGGUGGUGAGUUUUGAGUGUAGGGUUGAGCGGUGAUGGUGGUGGUAAUGGUGGUGGUAUUGAUGAUGAUGGUGAUGAAAGGAGGGGACUACACGAGGAUAUGAGUAGUAGGCAGGUACUACGCUUAGGUACUAGGUGGUUAAAGGGGAAGGGAGGAUGGGAUACGCCUAUUAGGGUGUAUUAUCAGCUAGUAUCUGGGCCUCAUGGGAUAGAAGUGAGGACCUGACAUCUAGCUAUGAUUACCUGUCUAGGUACCUAAGCAGUGUUCCAAUUAAAUUCGGAUAGUCCCCAAAGACA